AUGAUAAAUUUGAACGAAGGCCUAGUGGAUCACAGGUUUGCGCUAGAGUGCCUGGAUGUGCUCGUGUUUUGCUUCGGUCUUUUUGUCACAGGGGACAGUCUCCGCGCCGUUCUUGUGAAGGGGAGGCCCAACCAGGUGAUGCACCGGGGGGCCGAUACUGCCCAGAUAUGCGAAGCAUGUGCGGCGAAGGGUCCGCAUAUGUACGUUUUGCGAGAGUCUUUUGUUCACGUGAAGAAGGAUCUUUUGCGCCGCAUCGUCGACACGACCUGCACAUCCAACACUAGGCCUAUCGGAAGUUGGCUUUGGAGUGCCAUCCAGUGCCUGGCCAAGGAGAUGACCACAGUCUUCCGCCAGGUGAAAGAAGCCUAUGAGGCUUCGGGCGCAACAAGGUUCUUAGCGUUUCACGGAAUCAUGGGACCGGGACUGUGGCCCAUCGAAAACACCGCAAAAAUUGUGGGACCGGGGCUGUGGCACCUUGGAAACACCAUCAACAUCCGUGGGACCGGGACUGCGGCUACACCGCACCAAGCCCACGCUACCGUGCAGCGUCCGCGGCUCUUGUUGGCCUGCUGCUGCAUGCUUGCUUCGGCAGGCUCUACGAAAGUUCUUCGAAAGCAGCACAAGAGGCCCCUGGGCUGUGCAAACCUGCGUUUGCUCGCGUGGGCCGGCGAGGCUCGUCCUGUGGCUGUUUCGCCCAAGCCCGGCCCGCGCCCCGUUCCGGAAGUCAUACCUGUCAUACCUGUCAUACUUCUUGUAUUCCUGAAACGGUUUGUUCAGUGGUUGUUCUCGGUGCCACAGUACGCUGCAGCUGAGCCAUUGGAUCAGCAGUCGACACAGGGCCCGCGGGACCCCGCCUUGUGUUGGCACAUGUUCGAGUGCGGUGGCAUCUCGUCCUUGUCAGAAGCGUUCCCGCAUGUUUUAUGCCUAGCAUGGAUGCAUCCGCAGGAAGCGCUCUUGUUUGUUGGAGCCGAGGCCCUUGUGUCGAGUGGCUCUGGAACCGUUGGCAGGCUGCCGCAACACUGGCCGCCACUGACCACUGAUCAUGAUGAUCGUGUCUAUAGUGGAUCAAGUCUCUGGUCAAUUGCUAAUGAAGUACCGCUAAGCCUCAACGAAGCUAGAAAUUUCCGCUUCGGAGAGUCUUAUGACGUGGACGGUUUGAACUGCAAACAGGCCAUUCCCAGCACUCAGCCUCGUGCGCGGCGUGCUGGGAGCGAAGGUUGCAUGAGUGUCUACAUGGAGUUUGCCAACUCGCGGGCCUUGAAGAAUUAUGGUAAAACAUCGAGAAGGUUUGUGCAGGGCUCAGUUAUGUGGGAAGCUGCUUUGCAGAAAAUUCCGAUGGCCCUCAGGACAAGCUUCGUGCGAGACGACUCAGACGAGCUUGAUGGCGCAGACGCGUGGAGGUACGCCUUUGUGACUGAGAAGCAGGUCGAGAACAACAACCGCAUCAUUUGCAAAGAGUUCCCUCCAGCAAGCUUGGAAGACAAGCACAGCAAGUCCAAUGCCAGCAAGGGAGAUGUGCUGAAGUUCAGCGACGAUACCCGCACCAUCCUCUGGCGAGCGGAGGAGGAAGGCUUGCGCUCCCGAUCCCCGAGCAAGACCACUGAUCCGGAAAGUGUCCGGUCGCCUCUCAACCAGUCUGAUGGAUCCUGGGACGACGACUGGGACAAUGCCGCCUGGGACGAUGCCUGGGACGAUGCCUGGGACGAUGCAGCUUGGGACGAUGCAGACUGGCUCGAAGCCAAGAAAGCGGAUCCGGCGGAUGUGCUCGCCAGGUCCUGGUGGUGGGAAGAGCUGCAGCAAAUAGAUGAGGAGCUGGAGCGCGUGCAGAAGAAGCUCGAAGCCCGGCGUUCGUUUGCGGGCGUAAGCCGGAGGGACCAGAAUUCACUUGCAGUGAAACUGGAGUGGAUCUCGGGCAGGUGGGAGGAGCGCAGUCGCAAGCAUGGUGCCAAGAGCGUUCGAGUAGGAGGGAAGUGGGACGAGAUGAGAAGCAAGCUCGGUACCAAGAGUGCGAGAAUGGCAGAGAGGAAGGAAUGCAUACUCCCACCGGCUCUUCAAUACCUGAUUGAUUUUUUCGCGAUGGAGUUCUUGGAGAGCCUUGAUUGGUGCAGCGCCGGUCCUCCAAGCAAGGUUGAUGCCUCAGCUGUUGCAGGUCUCCGCGCCGUUCUUGUGAAGGGGAGGAUUUUUUGCGAUGAAGGCAGCGCGGGCCUUGUGUCAGCGGAAGCUAUCUACCUCCGAAUGGGUGCCCGGACAAAUGCUCGCAUCGCCUAUCGGAAGUUGGCUUUGGAGUGCCAUCCAGUGCCUGGUCUGCAAAUCCUCGAUCGUUUGCUCUUUGGUGCCAAGGAGAUGACCACAGUCUUCCGCCAGGUGAAAGAAGCCUAUGAGGCUUCGGGCGCAACAAGGUUCUUAGCGUUUCACGGAAUCAUGGGACCGGGACUGUGGCCCAUCGAAAACACCGCAAAAAUUGUGGGACCGGGGCUGUGGCACCUUGGAAACACCAUCAACAUCCGUGGGACCGGGACUGCGGCUACACCGCACCAAGCCCACGCUACCGUGCAGCGUCCGCGGCUCUUGUUGGCCUGCUGCUGCAUGCUUGCUUCGGCAGGCUCUACGAAAGUUCUUCGAAAGCAGCACAAGAGGCCCCUGGGCUGUGCAAACCUGCGUUUGCUCGCGUGGGCCGGCGAGGCUCGUCCUGUGGCUGUUUCGCCCAAGCCCGGCCCGCGCCCCGUUCCGGAAGUCAUACCUGUCAUACCUGUCAUACUUCUUGUAUUCCUGAAACGGUUUGUUCAGUGGUUGUUCUCGGUGCCACAGUACGCUGCAGCUGAGCCAUUGGAUCAGCAGUCGACACAGGGCCCGCGGGACCCCGCCUUGUGUUGGCACAUGUUCGAGUGCGGUGGCAUCUCGUCCUUGUCAGAAGCGUUCCCGCAUGUUUUAUGCCUAGCAUGGAUGCAUCCGCAGGAAGCGCUCUUGUUUGUUGGAGCCGAGGCCCUUGUGUCGAGUGGCUCUGGAACCGUUGGCAGGCUGCCGCAACACUGGCCGCCACUGACCACUGAUCAUGAUGAUCGUGUCUAUAGUGGAUCAAGUCUCUGGUCAAUUGCUAAUGAAGUACCGCUAAGCCUCAACGAAGCUAGAAAUUUCCGCUUCGGAGAGUCUUAUGACGUGGACGGUUUGAACUGCAAACAGGCCAUUCCCAGCACUCAGCCUCGUGCGCGGCGUGCUGGGAGCGAAGGUUGCAUGAGUGUCUACAUGGAGUUUGCCAACUCGCGGGCCUUGAAGAAUUAUGGUAAAACAUCGAGAAGGUUUGUGCAGGGCUCAGUUAUGUGGGAAGCUGCUUUGCAGAAAAUUCCGAUGGCCCUCAGGACAAGCUUCGUGCGAGACGACUCAGACGAGCUUGAUGGCGCAGACGCGUGGAGGUACGCCUUUGUGACUGAGAAGCAGGUCGAGAACAACAACCGCAUCAUUUGCAAAGAGUUCCCUCCAGCAAGCUUGGAAGACAAGCACAGCAAGUCCAAUGCCAGCAAGGGCGGGAUUCUUAGUGUGAGUGGAGAUGUGCUGAAGUUCAGCGACGAUACCCGCACCAUCCUCUGGCGAGCGGAGGAGGAAGGUGUCCGGUCGCCUCUCAACCAGUCUGAUGCAUCUUGGCAACAAUCGGGAUCCUGGGACGACGACUGGGACAAUGCCGCCUGGGACGAUGCCUGGGACGAUGCCUGGGACGAUGCAGCUUGGGACGAUGCAGACUGGCUCGAAGCCAAGAAAGCGGAUCCGGCGGAUGUGCUCGCCAGGUCCUGGUGGUGGGAAGAGCUGCAGCAAAUAGAUGAGGAGCUGGAGCGCGUGCAGAAGAAGUGGGAGGAGCGCAGUCGCAAGUGGGACGAGAUGAGAAGCAAGUGGAACGCGUCACAUGCGUCUCGCAAGUGCAGCGCCGGUCCUCCAAGCAAGACUCCUCCUCCUCCUCCUCCACAUCUGACGAGACACUUUGACGCGCUGAAGCUGCCGAUCACGGCAACGCUGGGUGACGUUCGGAAGGCCUAUCGGAAGUUGGCUUUGGAGUGCCAUCCAGACAAGAACAUGGAGAAAGCCAAGGAGAUGACCACAGUCUUCCGCCAGGUGAAAGAAGCCUAUGAGGCUCUACGAAAGUUCUUCGAAAGCAGCACAAGAGGGCGUCCGCGGCAGACUCCUUGA